AGCUGCAGAUGAAUGUGGGUACUGCUUAUCUUUGUCAACGCGUCCGACUGGCGAUGCGAUGCAAAGUCAACGCUGAAAACGGGACGAAUUUCAGAUAGCGUAUGUCACCACCAUCAACAAGCUUAGUAUACCUAACGUGCCAUAGCUGCAGGUGUAAGUGGCACUGCACUGCUUAUCCUUAUCAACGCGUCCGACUGGCGAUGCGAUACAAACUCAACGCUGAAAACGGGACGAGUUUCAGUUAACGAAUGUCAUCACCAUCGACAAGCUUAGUAUACACACCACCAGCCGGAACGGGAACGCGUGGUCGAGGAAGGAGAGUCCUUGGUGACAACGUUGCUGAAACCGUUUGCCAAUCUGUUUCAGUCGUCCACUUCCCAAGAGACCACGUCAGCAUGGGAACGCCGCCGAACCUAUCAGUGGCAGCAGGAACAGCAGUGGGAACCUGAACCGGUCACAUUUAGACAGACUGUGCCGACGUACUCAACGCAACAACGGGUCACGAUGGCGCAGGGAACCGUUACAAAGCAACGAAAUGCCGAGCAAAUAUCGACCCUGAAAACUACCACCAGCCCAUGGCAGUUUGCCGAAGUAAUACGGAAAGGAGCCCAGAUGGAUCUGACCUGCGUGGAAGCAGUGCCGGAAGCGUUGAAGAAGCUGAACAUCAACAUCCCGAACCUGGCGAUCAAUGUCUCCGAUGAGUCGAGCAACACGUACAGAUGUGGUUCCCGUACGGACAGCACCGUGAUUGAACUGGACCUCAGCAACAAUCACUUCCAACUACGUGGAGGGCCGAAACUAGGACAAAGUUCGAACAUUAGGGCCGGAAACAAUGAUUGCCUCUUCGAAUCGCUGGCCCAGGCGAUUCCGCAGCUUCUGGGUGUGUCCGGAGAAGAAUUUCGUGAAAAGCUAGCGGAAUGCAUCGAAUCCAACCCGGACAUCCGACGACACAUCCAACUCGGCAAGCACCAAGAUCUUCUGCACCGCGGUCUCUUUGGUGGCGAUGUUCGAGGUCGGCCAGUUGAUCGAGAUGAAGGCCAAAAGCGUCGUAAAAGGUCAAAGUCUCCUUUCGUUCAUGAUGACCCCAAAAUGGAAACUUCGGCUCUUGAACAUUUGCUUUCUCGUUUCUUUGCGAUAUUUGACAUGGCCGGAGAUAUCCAGAGGAUUGCUGAGCAUCUUGGAAUACCUCGAAGCGACGUUGUACGCGAAGGAAGAAGCCUGCACCAGGAUAGAAGCAGUUCCGACGAGAGAUGCCAUGCUGCCCACGUCGUGCGAAUUCAGAUAACUGACAAAGCAGGGGAACGACUUGAAAGGUCAAACGUUGCUCUGAACGAGUAUUUGAUAACAAAGAUUGGGUACACCGAGCUCGUAGAGAAAUGGGCCAAUAUGUGGGGCGGAAUAGGGCAGAACAUUGAUGAGUUGCAAGCUCUGCUGUUGAAGCUUCUAGAGGUGGUAGAUUUCAGUCAAAAUACACCCGGAAUGAUGAGGAACUACUCCUUGGAGUACCUACAGAACACGGUAGCAACGCUCAACAAACUACUGCUAAGAAUUGAUCCAAAUGCUACACCUGUUUCACUACCAGAUCAAGGUUUCUGGGCCAGUUUGUUCACAAAUAAUGAAAUCACAGCAGAUACAAUUAUUGAAAUCUGCAAAGAAAGCUUUGUCAUUGUACUGAAUAAAUGGUUGAAGACCUAUCAUAAGCACUUCAUGAAUACCGAUUCCAACAAAAAAGUACUAAAGCAAGUGCUGACAGUCAUAAAGAAUACCAACAUUUCCACUUUACUGCAACUCGGAAGAGAUGCAUACAAAAAGAUCGCGCAACUGCUAUCGGCAAAGCCGAAAUGUGGAUCAGACAGAACAGACAAAGAUAAAGACAGGGACAACGACAAGGGCGGAGUUUCCUCAAAUGGCAACAAGGCUAGCGGUGUUACCGUUUGGGGUUCAGUAAAAGAAACGGUGAAAAAAGAGGCGACUUGCAGCCAUGUUGCGCAAUCAUCUUUUCUUACAACAGCUUUGUGGAUUUUGCUGGGAAUCGCCAUAACGGUUGCAAUUGGAUUUGCAAUAUAUAUGGCGGCUCCCGUUGUUAUAAAAUUUGUAUCAAAACAUACCAUGGUCUAUAGCUUCACUAAAAUCGUUGAGGUUUACACAGUAGUUGCGGGAUAAUCUUAAUAUUUUUUAUAUUUAAAGGUAAUAACAAUCCAUCACAUUUUAUCAGCCUCUGGACGCUAUAAACUUGUUCAUCUUUAUUGUGAGUUUUGUUUUCAAGCAUUCUAUAGCAACAAACAGGUUCACAGUAGACAAAAAAAAAGCCAGAAGAGUUAUAGCAACGUUCAGAGAUCAAUGUUGACAAUUUAACUAAAUAUUUAAUCAACACUCUACUCCUCGGGAUGUCCCCUUCUUCUAUUCGUUGCACUGAUGAUGUUAUUUACUGUGAAAAUUAAAUUUCCAGAAUAAUAUCGAUUUUCAAUUGGGCUAAAAAAAACAAAGAGUGUAGGUCAUCCAGCAUGCAUUAUGACAACUGGGUCACUAAACCAGAAAACAAUAUCGCGAGAAGCUUUACGAAAUAAACUGACAUUUUAUUGUGCAAUAUUCAGUGAUAUUUUUAUGCAUAUAGUAAAAAAAAAGUUUACAAAACAAAAUAGAA